ACUCUGUAAACAGUCAACAGCAGUACGUAAUUUUACGUGUCCCAAAAAAUCAAAAAUGUCGAAAAUAGACGUGACAAAAUUAGAUUUAUAUGGUUUAUUUGAAGUGUCUCCCGAUGCUACGGUACAAGAAAUCAAAACAGCGUAUCGUAAGAAAGCCUUAAAAGUUCACCCUGACAAAAAUCCAGAUCCUGAAGCAGCUAAGCUUUUUCACCAAUUAUCAGAAGCGCUAAAAGUCCUUUCUGAUGAAUCUGCUAAAGCUGCAUAUGAUCGAGUUUUAAGAGCCAAAAAGGAAACAGAAUUAAGGUACAAGAAACUUGAUUCCAAGAGGAAAAAACUCAAGGAUGAGCUUGAAGCAAGAGAAAAAGCCCAUCAAACAUCUGGGAGGACUGUCCCACAGAGGAGUCCAGAGGAACAGCUUAAAGCUGAAAUUGAACGAUUGAGGAAACAAGGUUCAAACCAUUUGGCAGAAGAACAAGAGAAAAUCCGCCUUGAAUUGGCAAAGGAGAAAGAACAGAUAUCAACCAGAGGAAUUGUAAGUGCAAGAAUGAAACUGUCUUGGAAAGUUGAACCAGAGGGCUCAGAUCCUUACACACAGGAAAAGCUUCAUUCAGUCCUCCAGAAAUAUGGAAACAUACUUGCUUUGCUCAUUUCAACAAAGAAGAAAGGAAGUGCAAUUGUGGAGUUUGCCAACAAAAAAGAUGCAGAUUUAGCAUAUGCUGUGGAGAGAGGAAUAAAUGGUUACCCACUGACUCUCUCAUGGAUCAAAGGAGAUCAACCAAGUGUGGCAGAACCUCCAAGACAGCCACCUCCAACUUCAGCUGCACCGAUGUCGAUGGCGGAUUUUGAAGCCAGAGUAUUGCAGUCUAUGAGAGAAGCCCAAGAGAGGAAACGAAAACAAGAAACUGAUGCUCAACUUUCUUCUACGUAACCCAUACAUACUUGCUCUUCAUGUAUUUAAAAUAUGCUGAUGAAAUCAAUGACAAAAACUCAAAAGAAUUUGAAAACUAUAAAUGCUUCAAUUUUUAUCA